AUGGCUCGUACUAAGCAAACUGCUCGUAAAUCAACUGGAGGUAAAGCUCCUCGUAAACAACUUGCAACUAAAGCCGCCAGGAAAAGUGCUCCGGCCACCGGAGGAGUCAAGAAACCUCAUCGUUAUCGUCCGGGAACCGUAGCUCUUCGAGAAAUCAGACGUUAUCAAAAAAGUACCGAAUUGCUCAUCAGAAAAUUACCUUUCCAACGUCUAGUGAGAGAAAUCGCUCAAGAUUUCAAAACCGAUUUGAGAUUUCAAAGUUCGGCCGUUAUGGCUUUGCAAGAAGCGAGCGAAGCUUAUUUGGUCGGAUUAUUCGAAGACACGAACUUGUGCGCCAUUCACGCCAAACGUGUAACAAUCAUGCCUAAAGACAUCCAGCUCGCUCGUAGAAUCAGGGGAGAAAGAGCUUAA